AUGGUGCUGAGACCUCAGAGCAGCUGCAAGGGGCCAGCCAGUGAAGACCCCAGGAAAACACAGGGCCCUCACGCCACACUCAAGACCAAGGGCUUCCUCUUCUAUGAACAGGAAGGCACCAGGGACACAUCUCAGCUGCCCGUCAGGACCACACCGGCCCGCCCUCCUGCAUCGGUCCACCUUUCCUGGCGACUCCUGGGUCUGGGGAAAGCCAUCAUCCUCAAGCACUGGCUUACCAGCCUCCUCUCUGGCCUCUCUCACCUGCCCGGGGCCUCCACCUUUGCCACCUCACACCAGGAACGGGAGGACAGGGUUCCCCAGUGGUUAGGGACCUACCUGCCAGCACAGGAGUACGGGUCUGACCCCGGGUCGGGGCGACUCCACAGGCCUUGGAGAAGAGCCUGCCGGGCGGCCCCGGCUGCUCCGCCGCGCGCGCCCCCGGGGGGAACCACCGUCCGGCCGACCGCGGGCGGCCGAGGGCCGGCAAGCCCCCGGGCGGGGUCCCCGCGCCGCCACCUGCCAGGCCCCGGGCUCCCGGCGCCCGCGCUGACCAACGGCCGGCAACCCGAGUGUCAACCCGGAGCCUCGGCGGACAAAAAAGCGCCUCCCCCCGACCCCGGCCGCCCCUCCCGCCGCCGCCCGGCCCCGGCCCCGGCCCCGGCCCGCGCCUCACAAAGGCCGGCCCGGCCCGCUCGGCGCCGCAGCGAACAAAGGCCGCCGGCCCGCGUAGGGCCGGCACAGGUGCAGCCGCCGGCCGCCGGGCCCAACAUGGCCGCGCCCGCCCGGCCCCUCGGCCCCUCGGCCCCUCAGCCCUCCGCCCCUCAGGCCCGCGGCGGUUGGGCCAGCGGCGCCAGUGACCUGUUGUGCGGCGCAUCCUCAGGCGGCGGCGGCUCUCCGCGCGGCCAGGCCGAGGCUCUCCGCGCGCGGCGCCGACCCCGCCCCCGCGCCUCCCGCCCGCCGCCGCCGCCGCCGGGCCGCCGCCGCCUCGCAGAAGCCGCGGGAAAGUGCGCGCCGCUGAUUGGCUGCGGCGCCCGCGGGGCUGCGGCCGGGCUUUUCAAAUCCGCGCGGGGCGGGGCGGUGGCGGCGGCCCGGCGGGCGGGCGGGGACCCCGGGGCCGGGGGUCUGGGGCAACGGCCGGCCGCGGGGGGCCGAGGGCGCGGGCCGUGGAAGGGGGCGCGGGAACCCCGCGAGCCGCCUCAGCCUGGCGCCGGGCGCGCGCCCCGCUCCCGCUACUCGGCACGGGCGCGCGCCAGGCGGCGGCUCAACCGAAAGCCCGGAGCCCGGAGCCAGGCCCCUGAGCGCGCGCGCGCGCGCGGUGACGUCACGGCCGCGCGCCCAAUCGCCGCCGGCGAGGCCGCCCCGCGCGAGCGCGGCCCCGGCGGCCCUCAAGCCGGGACGUGGGAGGUGGCGCCCUCUCGGCAGCCCCGCGCGCCCUGUGCAGGGGGUCCGCCCCUGCUGGCCGCGGGCCCCGCGCCCCAGCGGUCAUUCGCCCCCGUGACUCGGGGGUCCCAGGCCAGCAGGAGCUCUGGCGGGGGAGGGGGAACCUGGUCUGAUCGUGCCGCCGGGAUCCGGGAGAGCGGAGGUCAGGCUCCAGCCGGCCCCGCCGGCGAAUCCCAGCCGGAACCUUCUCAGGGGAGCUUUGUGGAGGGGCUCCCGGUGCAGAGGUCCUCGCCAGGCCUGCGCUCCUGGGGCCCACAUUACAAACUGGGCAUAGAUAGUCACAAACGACAGGACGGCCGGCGCGGUGGAGAGGAGGCGGGGGGCUCUCUCUGCAGAAUAUCUGCAGGGCGAGGAUUCAGCCCGUUUUCCCCACCGCCCAGGCUCCUGUCUGGCUGGUCUGGAUCUGGGGAUAGUGGGGAAAUCCGUGGUCAGAAGCAGGUCUCGUCUCAAGCCCAAAAACUGCCGGGGGCUUGUGCCAUUCUACUUGCCCUUCUAAAGGCCCAGCUCGCCUCAGCUCCUGCCAGGCCCAAGCACCACUUCAGCUCCCUGGGCCAGCCCACAGAGCCAGCAGGCCCUCCCAGCCCGCAGUCCGGCCCCCGCAUUGGCCACGCGCCUCCAGGCCCCGCCCACCGCCCCGACCGCCUUCCACCCGGCGACCCGCAGGGCUGCCUGGUUUUUGCAUCUGUUGAGAGUCUCGGGGAGGGAAGGGAAGGCCGCCAGAGAACCGAAAGCAAUGGUGGGAAGACGGGGAUCUCCACCUUGCCCUCAGCCCCGCCUGCGAUCCCUGCACCCCCAAUCUCCACGGGAACUGCCCUGACCCAGGACCAGCCAGGGCAGCGCCUGCGGCCAAUGGGGGACAGCUUUGGGGCAGAGCCCUCAGAAGCUCAGGGCCAAUAUCAGUUCCUAGUACUAAGACAAGCCAUACUCCUACCCUCUGGGCCUAGCCCUCGGUUGGCGGGAAGCAGCCUGCUUUCCUUGCAUCACCUCAUCAACCCCCCCGACGACCAGCUGACCGCAUCUGUGUGGAAGGGGAGGCGGGGCACAAAUGUCAAGGAUGCGCAGUCUCUGCCGCCCGGGAGCAGGCGCGUGAGCGGCCAGCGGGGAGGACCCGCGAACCAGGGGCGCCACCCCGAAGCCGGGGCCCUCGGUGUGGCGUGCGACAGCCCGGACUGGGCCGAGCCGGAGCAGGGCGCUCAGCCGGACUGGGAGGAGCUACGCGACGCGGCGGAGUCCUCUCCGGCCGCACGGCCACCUCACCCCCGCGCUGCCGCCGCAGACGCAGAACAACGCAGCGCGCGUGCGCCGCGGUCAACCAGCGCGCGAGGCCGAGCGGCCAACCCAGAAUGCAGCGCGCCGCAGGGGCAGCCGGCCGCGGGGCACACCGGGACCAGCAGUCCGCGGCCGCUCGGGCCCGCCCCUCAGCUGGCCUGCGCCGUGCGCCCGAGGGGCCCAAUGGGAGCGGCGACCUGGCCGCCCCGCCCCGCGCCGCCGGACGUCGAUGCCGGGACAUGGCUGCUGCCGGCGCCGGGUCCUUGA